CUUUCGCCGACGGCAUCAUCAUUGGCAUCAGGGCCGAAACUUCAAUCUCCUGUCUCUCCCUGUCUCAAAUCAGUCUCAGGAUAAUCUAGAGCAGGGACUGCACCUCAUUCAUCUAGCCGAUGUGCCCUUGAGUCCUCUUCUGCUGUUCAAACAGCAAAGAUGUCACCAGCCAUCCACCGGACGGCCUCCUUGACCGCGGACGGUCGUCCAAUGUCCAGCGGCAGCACCUUGCCUCAAAGCCCUACUGUUGCCGCCUCGGUGGGCGUAAGUAAUGCUGAGUCGCCUAGCUACUUUGUCGAUGGCACCGGCUUGGGCGCUUUCAACCCCAUAGCCACCUCGCAACCAUUCCUCGAUGCCAAGGCAAAGGUCUACCUCGAACUCAAAGAUGGCCAGGUCUUCGAAGGUCUCAGCUUCGGAGCUGAGAAGAGUGUCUCUGGAGAACUCGUCUUUCAAACAGGAAUGGUCGGCUAUCCGGAAUCAGUCACAGACCCCUCCUACAGGGGCCAGAUCUUGGUCGUAACAUUUCCCCUGGUCGGCAAUUACGGUGUGCCGUCAAGGGAGACGCUCGACGAGUUGUUGGGUGAUCUCCCCAAGCACUUCGAAUCAAACCAGAUUCACAUCGCUGGCCUCGUAGUUGCCUCGUAUGCCGGAGAAGCCUAUUCUCAUCACCUUGCUACUUCUUCUCUUGGCACAUGGCUGAAAGAACAAGGCGUUCCAGCGAUGUGCGGAGUCGACACUCGAGCGCUGACCAAGAUUAUUCGGGAAGAAGGCAGCAUGCUCGGCCGGAUGCUUCAUACGAGAUCUUCUCCACAGACGAAGCUGGCCAACGGCGUCAAAACAGAUGCUCUUGCUGAGGGAGACAUCGGUUUGGGCCCCGCCGAUUGGCGGCAGCAUGUCGAAGAAGUCGAAUGGCAUGAUCAAAACAGACGCAAUCUUGUGGCGGAGGUUUCUGUCAAGAAGCCACGCGUGGUCUCCCCUCCCAAAGAGAAAGCACUCAAACACCCCUCCGGUCGGCCUGUUCGAGUUGUGGUGGUGGAUGUGGGCCUGAAGUACAACCAGCUUCGUUGCCUCUUGUCCCGCGGGGUGGAGGUCCUGGUAGUGCCUUGGGAUUACGACUUUCCAAAACUCGCAGGCAAAGACUAUGAUGGCUUGUUCAUCUCCAACGGCCCUGGUGACCCUGCAAUGCUUUCAACCACCAUCAAACAUAUUUCAGAAGCCAUGGCCGAAGCCAGAACCCCUAUCUUCGGUAUCUGUCUGGGCCACCAACUGCUUGCUCGUGCUGCUGGUGCUAGCACUCUGAAGAUGAAAUUCGGUAAUCGCGGACACAACAUUCCUUGUACCAAUUUGCUGUCUGGUCGAUGCUACAUCACUUCCCAGAACCACGGAUUCGCUGUCGACACAAAUACUCUGCCGGAAGGCUGGCAUGAGCUAUUUGUGAACGCAAAUGAUGGCAGCAACGAAGGCAUCCGGCAUGUUUCGAAGCCUUACUUCAGCGUCCAGUUCCAUCCAGAAUCCACUCCUGGUCCGCGAGAUACCGAGUUCCUGUUCGACGUCUUUAUUGAUGCAAUCAUGAAGAGUGUCGCGUCGGCCGACGCUCUGAACAAGCCUGUCACCUUUCCGGGAGGGACAAUCGAAGAAAACGAAAGAGCACAUCCGCGAGUGAAGGUGAAGAAGGUCCUUGUGCUUGGGUCCGGUGGUCUCAGUAUUGGUCAAGCUGGAGAGUUCGAUUACUCCGGUAGCCAGGCUAUCAAAGCUCUAAAACAAGAAGGCAUUUACACCAUCUUGAUCAAUCCCAAUAUCGCAACGAUACAAACUUCGAAAGGUCUGGCGGACAAGGUUUACUUUCUCCCCGUGAACGCCGAUUUUGUUCGCAGAGUCAUUAAGAAUGAACGGCCCGAUGGUAUCUACUGCACAUUUGGUGGUCAGACUGCCCUACAGGUCGGUAUUCAACUGAAGGAUGAGUUUGAAGCCCUCGGAGUCAAAGUCCUUGGCACGCCGAUUGAGACUAUCAUCACAACCGAAGAUCGCGAGUUGUUCGCUAGAAGCAUGGAAUCUAUCGGGGAGAAAUGCGCAAAAUCGGCAUCCGCUUCUAGUCUUGAGGAAGCCAUGCGCGUGGUUGAAGACAUCGGCUUCCCAGUCAUCGUCAGAGCCGCGUAUGCUUUGGGUGGUUUGGGAAGUGGUUUUGCGGAAGAUCCAGACCAGCUCCGAGAACUUUGCACAAAGGCGUUUGCGGCCAGUCCCCAAGUUCUUAUCGAGAGGAGCAUGAAAGGAUGGAAAGAGAUCGAGUACGAAGUUGUCCGAGAUGCCAGAGACAACUGCAUAACGGUCUGCAACAUGGAGAAUUUCGACCCGCUUGGUAUCCACACCGGCGACUCUAUCGUGGUCGCACCCUCUCAGACCUUAUCGGAUGAAGACUACAAUAUGCUGCGUACGACUGCUGUCAAUGUUAUUCGCCACUUGGGUGUGGUGGGCGAGUGCAAUAUUCAGUAUGCACUAAACCCUUUCUCGAAGGAAUACUGCAUCAUUGAGGUGAACGCCAGACUGUCGCGUUCGUCUGCGCUCGCUUCGAAGGCCACGGGUUACCCAUUAGCUUUCAUUGCUGCAAAGCUAGGUCUGGGCAUCCCAUUGAACGAGAUUUCCAACUCGGUCACAAAGAAAACGUGUGCUUGUUUCGAGCCUUCUCUCGAUUAUGUUGUCGUCAAAAUUCCACGCUGGGAUCUGAAAAAGUUCACCAGAGUCUCAACCCAGCUUGGAUCGUCAAUGAAGAGCGUGGGUGAAGUGAUGGCUAUUGGCCGGACUUUCGAAGAGGCCAUUCAGAAGGCCAUUCGCUCGGUGGAUUUCCACAAUCUUGGCUUCUCAGACAUCUCCAAUCCAUUAAUGUCUGUUGACGAUGAAUUGCAGACUCCCUCCGACCAAAGAAUGUUUGCCAUUGCCAAUGCCAUGCAUGCUGGAUACAGUGUUGACAAGAUCUGGGAGAUGACCAAGAUCGACAAGUGGUUCCUGUCGAGACUCAAAGGUCUUAGCGAUUUCGAAAAGUUGAUGUCGAGAUAUAGUCUUACCACUGCACCUCCUUCAUUGAUCAGACAAGCGAAGCAACUGGGCUUCUCUGAUCGGCAGUUGGCCCGAUGUUGGAACUCAAACGAGCUCGCUGUUAGACGCUUGAGGACAGAAGCGGGAAUACACCCAUUCGUGAAACAGAUUGAUACCGUUGCUGCGGAAUUCCCCGCCUACACCAACUACCUCUAUCUGACAUACAACGGUUCGGAGAGUGACAUUUCCUUUGAUGACCAUGGCAUAAUGGUUCUGGGUUCCGGAGUGUACCGUAUCGGCUCGUCCGUUGAGUUUGACUGGUGUUCGGUCAGGGCAAUUCGGACACUACGGCAACAGGGAUUCAAGACUGUCAUGGUGAACUACAACCCUGAGACAGUGUCGACAGAUUAUGACGAGGCAGACAAGCUAUAUUUCGAGAAUAUCAAUCUCGAGACGGUUCUGGAUAUCUACCAACUGGAAUCUGCCAGUGGCGUUAUCAUCUCCAUGGGUGGCCAAACCCCGAACAACAUUGCCCUUCCCCUACACAGAUUGAACGUCAAGAUCUUGGGUACGUCGCCAGAGAUGAUUGACUCGGCAGAGAACAGAUACAAAUUCUCUCGCAUGCUUGACCGCAUCAACGUCGAUCAGCCGACAUGGAAGGAACUCACGAGCAUCGAUGAGGCACUGGAGUUCUGCGACAAAGUCUCAUAUCCUGUCUUAGUGCGUCCGUCGUAUGUAUUGUCUGGAGCCGCAAUGAAUACUGUGUACUCUAAGGAUGACCUUGCCAGCUACCUCAACCAAGCAGUGGAGGUUUCAAGGGAUCACCCUGUCGUCAUCACAAAGUACAUUGAAAACGCCAAGGAGAUAGAGAUGGACGCAGUGGCCAAAGACGGUGUCAUGACCGGACAUUUCAUUUCUGAGCACGUUGAAAACGCCGGUGUGCACUCCGGUGAUGCUACGCUUAUUUGUCCUCCGCAGGAUCUUCAACCUGAGACGAUUGCUCGCAUUGAAGAAGCAACGGCAAAGAUUGGAAAUGCUCUCAACAUUACGGGCCCUUUCAACAUUCAAUUCAUUGCCAAAGACAACGAGAUCAAAGUCAUCGAAUGCAACGUCCGCGCGUCCAGAUCCUUCCCAUUUGUUUCCAAGGUGAUGGGAGUUGACCUCAUUGAAAUGGCUACCAAAGUCAUCGUGGGCAAGCCGGUCACGCCGUAUCCGCCGGUCACAAUCCCUGCCGAUUAUGUCGGCGUCAAAGCGCCACAGUUUUCGUUCUCGCGCUUGUCUGGUGCUGACCCCGUGCUUGGUGUUGAGAUGGCAUCUACUGGUGAAGUCGCUUGUUUUGGACAUGACCGAUGGGAGGCUUAUAUUAAGGCCACGAUCUCCACGGGCUUCAAACUCCCAGAGAAGAACAUUCUUCUCUCCAUUGGAUCAUUCAAGGACAAGGUGGAAAUGCUCCCUUCGGUCCGCAAGCUGCACCAAAUGGGCUACAACCUUUUUGCAACAUCCGGAACAGCCGAUUUCCUGGAGGAGCAUGGUAUCAAAGUCAAGUACCUGGAAGUACUUGGUAGCGAAGAGAAAGACCAAAAAUCCGAGUACUCCCUGACUCAGCACCUGGCCAACAACAAGAUUGAUCUAUAUAUCAACCUGCCUUCCAACAACAGGUUCCGAAGACCAGCCAACUACAUGAGCAAAGGAUACCGCACCAGACGGAUGGCGGUUGACUACCAGACGCCGCUGAUCACAAACGUCAAGAUCGCAAAGAUAUUGAUCGAGGCCCUCGCCAGACACUAUGAUCUCAGCAUCAGCAACAUCGACUUCCAGACAAGUCAUCGGACAGUCGUCCUUCCGGGUCUCAUCAACGUUGCAGCUUUUGUUCCUGGUGUCGCUCAAAAAGGCUCGCACGAUCUCUCUUUGGUUACGAAGGCAUCAAUUGCUGCCGGCUUCACCAUGAUUCGCAUCAUGCCUGUCGGAAUUGACAGUGCUGUGACUGAUGUCAGAUCGCUCAAGGUCGCUCAACAGAACGCCCAGAGUGGCGCUUACUGCGAUUUCAACUAUUCGGUCGCGGCAACCGAUUCCAACUCCGAGCAAAUUAUACACGUCAAAUCCGAGGUCGGGUCUUUGUUCAUUCCAUUCAACCACCUUUCGUCCGGGAACAUCAACAAAGUGGCCACUGUCACUGCCCAUUUCGGGACCUGGCCUGCAUACAAACCAAUCGUAACGGAUGCAAAGACCACUGAUCUGGCUUCCAUCCUUCUUCUCGCCAGUUUACAUGAUAGGAAAGUGCAUGUGACGAACGUUACGUCAAAGGACGAUAUCAGUCUGAUUGCCUUGUCUAAAGAAAAAGGAUUAAAGGUCACCUGCGACGUGUCAAUCUACAGCCUGUUCUUAUCUCAAGCCGAUUUUCCCGAUUGUUCGGCGUUGCCAUCAGUUACUGAUCAAAAGGCAUUGUGGGAGCAUCUCGCCUCCAUUGAUGUAUUUUCCAUUGGAAGCCUUCCGUACCAGCUGGCGGGUGAAAAGGCAUGCCCAACUGUGGGAAUCGCUGAUGCACUUCCACUUUUAUUGACCGCCGUUUCUGAAGGGAAGAUGACAUUGGACGAUAUCACCGCGAAGCUCCAUGACAACCCCAAAUCAAUAUUCGAACUACACGACCAGACCAACACUUCUGUGGAGAUCGACGUGGAUCGUCCAUUCGUGUUCGAGCCUGGCCCGGUGUGGUCACCAUUUGCUGGAAAGAGACUGAACGGUGCCGUGUCGAGGGUUGUAUUCCAGGGCAAGACAAUCUGUCUCGACGGCGAAGUUUUGGUGGACAGUCCCCAAGGUACCGACAUGUCGUCGCAUCUCGUACAGCCCACGUCGCCAGUUCUUGGACCCACGUCUCCAGUCUUACGGGCCCAGGCGGAGCAACCAGCCGAUCGACGACCAUCAGUUCUUGAUCGGCGGGCCUCGGUUUCGUUGACCUCCCGCAAUCGACCCAUUGCUCGUCCACGCAACAUGGAUGAAGUGCUCGAUACCGCCGGCCCGGUUCUGCCUACUUCGGCAUUCCAACAACCGGCACCUCCGGCCACUGUGUCUCCUUCGCUUCUCUCCCUCCUGGCCUCAUCGCCGUUCAAGAACCGUCACGUCGUUUCCGUCGAUCAAUACACACGGCAGGAUCUCCACGUUUUGUUUACGGUCGCUCAAGAGAUGCGGCUCGGAGUUCAGAGACAAGGCAUCUUGCCAAUCCUUUCAUCUAAAGUUCUUUGCACCAUGUUCUAUGAGCCAAGCACUCGCACGUCGUCUUCUUUCGAUGCUGCCAUGCAGCGGUUGGGAGGUCGCACAAUCGUCAUCAAUACCGACCACUCGAGCACACAGAAGGGCGAGACACUACAGGACAGCAUUCGGACACUGGGAUGUUACGGAGAUGCCAUUGUGCUACGUCAUCCAGAUGAAGAGUCAGUUACAACGGCUGCCAAAUUUUCUCCCGUCCCAAUCAUCAACGGCGGCAACGGUAGCAGAGAACAUCCUACCCAGGCAUUCUUGGAUCUGUUCACCAUCCGGGAGGAAUUGGGCACAGUGACUGGUCUCACUGUUACAUUCGUGGGCGAUCUCAAAUACGGCCGAACCGUCCAUUCUUUGGCCAAAUUGUUGCAGUACUAUGAGGUCCGAAUCAACUUGGUGGCUCCCAAGGACCUUGCGCUCCCCAAAGAAGCGCGAGAGAUGAUCGUCGCAUCCGGCCAACUCGUGGCUGAAUCGGAAACCCUCACCCCUGAGAUUGUUGCUAAGAGCGAUGUACUCUACUGCACCAGGGUUCAAAAGGAACGGUUCCCCAGCCUUGACGAAUAUGAACGGCUCAAGGACAGCUUGAUUGUGGACAACAGUGUCCUGAAGUACGCCAAACCAGGCAUGAUUGUCAUGCAUCCUCUGCCCCGCAACCGCGAGAUCAGCGAGGAGGUCGACUUCGAUCAACGAGCUGCGUACUUCCGACAGAUGAGGUAUGGCCUCUACACCAGAAUGGCCCUUUUGGCACUGGUCCUUGCACCAUAGACUGCCUCGCGUGAUUGGUGGGAUUUGGUCAGCUAGACUGCGUUUUGCAUGGGAUGUGAGAACUUUUUGAGGCGCUCGAUGUGGUGGCUAGACUUUUUGCCAGAUCAAAAACUAUAGAAUAACUAGAACGAGAAUCACACUGCACUGGAGUUAGUGAUAAUCACGCGGUGAUGACUUGUACGAUUAUGUAUAUCAUGAUGUAUGAUGUAUGAACGUAAUGUAUAGAUAUAAUGAUAUGAGUGUUGUGUGUGUA